GGCUUUGGUUGCGCCACUGGCUUCAGGCGAGCGCGAGGUCAGAGGCACAGAGGCACGGGACUGAGAGAUCGAGAGGGGGUGCCAGAAGAAGACUCUGCUGUAAGGACCGAAGCAGGAGGAGGGAGGGAGGCAGGAGGAGGAGAAGACGAAGAAGACGAAGAAGACGAGAGCUAGCGUAGCUUGCUGGCCUUGCGGGGUGCGCUCGCCCGCUCGUUCGCCAACGCACGCACGCACUUCCCUUCCAUUCCUCCUCUCGUGCGCCUUUCCCUACCAGCGCUGCUGGCCUCGGCCUGCGUAAUCGUUUCGGGGUUCUUUGCUCUCGUUCCGCACUUCCGGAGCUCACAGUGACACGGAUCAGCUGAUUGGUGAUUGACAUGUGUUUCGCGUCGGUCGAAUCAAGCCUAGUGCAGGUCAGAUCGGGCGGAAGAGCUGUGUGCGAAGGAGUGAGAGGUUUGGAUCGCGAGUGGUUUUUUGGGUUCAAUUGUUGGAUCGCCCGGCGCGGAUGAGGCUAGCAGUGGAAGGAAGGAUGCAAUUGUGAGUGAGGCCGACUGCUGGCUGAGGAGGAGCUGCUGCCGCUGCUGCGGUUCACGGUGCAGGAUUGGGGCAGGUGACAGGGGUAGUAGAUAGGUAAGGGUGUGAGAGAUUGUGGGGAAAGCAGAGCAGUGGUUUCGAACAGGUAGCUCGAGCAGGGGAUUGGCCAGAGGCUGGCCCCGUCUCGUCGAGCAGCUGGGUUAGGAAAUUUCAUACGAGUGGCCAUCUAAAAUGUGCGAUAUGGUACAUUCAUUAUGCGGAAGGGAAAGAUGGAGGAGAUCCAUCUGAAAGAACCUCUUAGAUUGCGUUUGGGACAGGGUUUUUUCGGUUCCAGGUCAUCCGGGUAAGCCAUUUCGAAGCUUUACAAUGCGUCUGUAGUUGCAUCUACUCUACCGAUUCUGCUUUGGCGUACCUGCAAAGUCAUCGGGUGACAACCAUUUUAGGGCAUCGAUCUGCCCUGUGGAACGAGGAUCAUUCUGGAUCUAGGAUCUAGAGGGGCGUAUUUAUACCCAAAGCUCCCCUUCAACUAAAAUACGUCACACUGGAGCAGCUAAAGACUAUAGGUCGGGAGCUCGCUAUGGGCUCCCAGGUAGGAUGGGGAACCUCAAAGGAGUUCACCGAUAUUGUCAAGGCUAUUGGGGAAGCGAAAUCUAAAGCCGAGGAGGAAAGAAUCGUUACCGCCGAGAUUGAAACGCUGAAGAAGAAAAUAGCAGAGCCCGAUGUACCGCGGAAGAAAAUGAAGGAAUACAUCAUUCGCCUUGUCUACGUGGAAAUGCUGGGCCACGAUGCAUCUUUUGGUUACAUCCACGCGGUUAAAAUGACUCACGAUGAUAAUCUUUUGUUGAAAAAGACAGGUUAUCUCGCAGUCACACUUUUUUUAAAUGAGGAUCACGAUCUUAUCAUACUGAUUGUCAAUACAAUCCAGAAGGACCUGCGUUCGGAUAAUUACCUUGUAUGUUGUGCUGCGCUCACGGCCGUUUGCAAGCUUAUCAACGAGGAAACCAUACCUGCGGUCUUACCUCAAGUGGUAGACUUGUUGCAACAUCCAAAGGAGCUAGUGAAGAAGAAAGCGGUUAUGGCCUUGCAUAGGUUUUACCAAAGAGCACCUCACACAGUUUCACACCUUCUUCCGAAGUUUGAGAAGAGUGUUUGUGAUGCAGACCCAAGUGUCACCAGUGCUGCUUUGUGUGCACUAUUUGAUCUGAUCACGGCAGAUCCUCGGCCUUACAAGAAUAUGACUGGUGCCUUCGUAAAUAUCUUGAAGCAAGUUGCAGAGCGUAGGUUACCAAAACCCUACGAUUACCAUGGUACUCCAGCUCCUUUUAUUCAGAUAAAAUUAUUAAAAAUUUUGGCGCUACUCGGUGCGGGCGACAAGCCAAUGAGUGAUAACAUGUAUAACGUGUUGGGCGAUGUGAUAAAGAAAAACGACACUCACACAAAUAUUGGACAUGCUAUUCUUUACGAAGCAAUCUGCACUAUUACCUCAAUAUAUCCACAUCCUAAGCUUCUGGAGACCGCUGCUGAGAUAACAUCCAGGUUUUUGAAGGAUAAUAACCACAAUCUCAAGUAUAUGGGUAUUGAUGCACUUGGGAGAGUGAUCAAAAUCAAUCCAGAAUUCGCAGAAGAGCACCAACUUGCUGUAAUCGACUGCCUAGAGGAUCCAGAUGACACAUUGAAAAGGAAGACUUUGGAUCUUCUGUACAAGAUGACAAGAUCUUCGAAUGUGGAAGUUAUCGUUGACCGCAUGAUAGGCUAUAUGCGCACUAUUAACGAUUCACACAACAAGACAGAAAUCGCAUCUCGCAUCAUUGAGCUAGCUGAGCGUUUUGCACCGAGCAAUCAAUGGUUCAUCCAGACAAUGAAUCAGGUCUUCGAACUCGCAGGAGAUCUGGUACCGACCAAAGUUGCUCAUGAUCUCAUGCGGCUUAUAGCGGAAGGUGCCGGUGAAGAGGACGAGGAUGCGGAUAGUCAACUACGAUCUUCCGCCGUGGAAUCGUAUCUGCAAGUACUCGCCGAGCCGAAACUCCCUUCAAUCCUUCUGCAGGUCAUUUGCUGGGUACUAGGAGAAUAUGGUAUUGCAGAUGGGACCUAUUCCGCUUUCGAUAUUAUAGCGAAGUUAUGUGAUGUGAUAGAAGCACAUCCAGCAGAUGAUGCCGUGAAGGGAUAUGCAGUAACUGCCAUCACCAAGAUUUGUGCUUUUGAAAUCAGCGCUGGUAAAAGAGUCCAGCUUCUCCCAGAGUAUCGUGCAGUCGUCGAUGAGCUCGCUGCCUCUCAUUCCACAGACCUACAACAGCGUGCUUAUGAAUUGAUGACUUUUCUUGAUCUCCCCGCUGAUGUUGUUGCUACUGUGAUGCCCAUGGAUGCAAGCUGUGAGGAUAUCGAGAUUGACAAAAGUCUGUCGUUUUUGAGUGAGAUUGUCGAAACUGCCUUGGCAAACGGGGCGAGACCCUACGCACCGGAGCAUGAACGAAUGGAUCUGGGUGGCCUUGGAACUCUUAUUCCCAGCACACAGAACGGCCCAUCUUCUUCAUUAAAGUUUGAGGCAUAUGAAAGGCCUGUGAUACCGACUCCCGUUUUAACUCCUGUCCAGCCGACUCCAUUGAUUAACGAAUUUGAAGACCAGCGAGAUCGGAGGAGUUUGAGAACACCACAUCCUUCACAUUCUAUAUCCAUAGCACCGGAAUUAGAUCUGAUAAACCCAGAAAGCACUCGAUUAAGGUUGGACGGAGUGCAGAGAAAGUGGGGACGACAAACGUACAGUACACAGUCAUCUACCACGUCAGCUGACAGGGACAGAUCAAGCAAUGGAGCUGCUGGUGCUUCUGACAGGGGCGGCUCUUAUGCCAAAGAUAGUGGAGCGAGUCAGUAUGAAUCUUCUCGCUCUACUGAUCGGAGAAAACCAGUUGAAAUAUCAUCAGAGAAGCAAAAGUUGGCUGCUUCAUUGUUUGGUGGUCCAUCAGGUUCACGGGUGGCAAACACAGGCAACGCAGUAAAGCCUUCACGGACUGCUGCACACAAAAGUCAAGUACCUAGAGGAGGUGAGAAACAUCAGUCUUCGAGAUCAGUACCUGGUUCUGGGAGGAUCGCUGACAGCGAUACGUCAGUACCGAGUUCCGCACCAGUUCCACAAGCACCCCCUCCAGACCUCCUCGAUUUGACUGAUGGUGAAACGGGACACGCUGCUCCUUUGAACGACCCCUUCAAGCUCCUCGAAGGACUUGUAGAUCCACAAGUCGGCUCCUCUUCAGCUACGUCAGCACCUCCUGUCAAAGCCGAUGUAGAUCUGAUGUCGUUGUAUGGACCUGGCCAAGUCAUUUCGUCCGGUGAUGGAGGGAGCCAACCAUCAGGUUUAACUGAUAUGUCUGGAUUGCCUGUCAGUCCACUGAUAGGAUUAACAGGUGUAGUUGUUCCUAAUACACAACCUGGUGGUCCUUCCGUAGGCAAAAAGGGACCCUCACCUCAAGGUUCAUUGCAAAAGGAUGCAACAGCUCGUCAGGCAGGGGUGACACCCACGGUUGUAAACCCGGACUUGUUCAAAGAUCUACUUGGCUAACUUUGUGCCUAGCCCAAUUUAUAUCACCAAUCUACAGCCCCUGGCUCGAAUGAUGAGAUAUGUCAUGCGUGAAGUUUGCAAGUGGUUUGGGUCUGUCACUGUAGGUACUUCGGAAGAAUCUUCUCAUUAGCAGCUGUUUGAUCCAUCAAAAGAAAUGUAGACUUGGUUGGUGUGGAUUUUACGGUUGGAAGGUUUGUGCAAUAAUCGUACAGAACGAAAAUUAGGGCCGCUGAGGAGCUCAGUAAUUUGCAGGGAAGUGAGUUGAAUUCUACCUUCCCCCUCCAUGAAUUAAUGCUACUGAAGUUUAUAGAGGCCGGCAUAGACGUCUUUUCGUUACUUUUUUGAGAGUUUAGGACCACAACCGAUGUGUAGCAGCUUCAUGGCAGCCAAAGAAAUGUUCCUCAAUUUAGUUAUUUCUGUGCAUACGAGGACUUCUGUGAUUUAGGCACCACUGAAAAUAGAUCGA